AUGGCCUCCUACUCGAGCCUCAGAUCCUCCGGUGCUUCUAUAGACGGUAUGGAAGCUGUCGAAUUGAAAGACAGAAGGGCAUCCAUGAGCGAUCGGAAGUCUGGUAACUUAGAGGCCGGCGAGGAAGAUAUCGGGGCACCCUCUUCCUCUUGGAAUGACGCACCCGGUCCCUCCCAGUCAGGCCAUCGCAGACAGGACUCCCACGGCGCCGAUGACGAAGAUGGUUCCGAAUUUGAGCUCCUCUUGGACCCAAACUUGCCUGCCGAAUACAGCCACAAACUCCGGGAUCUCACUCGAAAGUCACUCAGCUUCGACGACAACCAAGUAGGGGUCAAGUUCGGCGAGAGUGAGGACGAGGAGGAAGAAGAAGCAGAGAAUUCACCCUAUCCAGAAGUCCGGGCUGCCGUUCCCAACUUUGAUCAGGACCUGCCAUGCAACACCAUCAGGGCGUGGACCAUUGGACUAUCGCUCAUCUUUCUUGGGGCUUCAAUGAACACCAUCUUCUCAUUGAGAGCACCGUCGAUCAGUCUUGGGGCACUUAUUGCCCAGAUUAUUGCAUGGCCGCUGGGACAUGGCUGGGCCAGGUUUAUGCCCGAACGUGAGUUCAACACCUUUGGUAAAAGGUGGAGUUUGAACCCGGGGCCUUUCAACAUUAAAGAACACUCCGUCAUUGUUGUUAUGGCCAGUGUCUCCUUUUCUGUGGCCUAUGCUACCGACAUCAUUUUGGCCCAAAAGGUGUUCUAUAAGCAGGACUUCGGCUUGUUAUGGGGAGUUCUCCUUACGAUAUCCACGCAAAGCUUGGGGUAUGGAAUUGCUGGAAUGCUAAGAAGGUUUCUCGUCUACCCAGCUUCCAUGAUCUGGCCGGGAAACCUCGUGGCAGUUACCUUGAUGCACGCCAUGUACGGCCAGAAUGAGAAGAAGGAUCCCACAAUAAUGGGCGGCUCAAUCCCUCGGUACCGAUGGUUUGCCUACAUUACCCUCGGCUCUUUCUUGUACUACUUCAUCCCCGGUUUCUUUGCACAGUUCCUUAGCUCUUUCGCCGUUGUGACUUGGAUGGCACCAAACAAUCCUGUCGUCAACCAGCUGUUUGGUUACUCGACGGGCCUUUCCCUGCUUCCUAUCACGUUCGAUUGGGCGCAGAUUACGGGAUAUAUUGGCUCCCCUAUGGUGCCUCCAUGGCACGCCAUUGCCAAUACCCUAGCCGGCGUCGUGAUAUUUUUCAUAAUUGCUGCCAGCUUUCUGCAGUACACCGGGGCGUGGUACGGCAAGUAUCUGCCGAUGAGCGACUCCAGCGUCUAUGACAAUACGGGCAAGACGUACAAUGUCUCUCGAGUCCUUAGCAAGGACUUCACACUCGACGAGACGGCAUAUAACACUUACUCGCCUCUGUUCCUAAGUACCACAUUCGCCAUAGCGUACGGUUUGUCUUUUGCUGCCAUAUCCUCGCUGAUCGUGUACACCUACCUGCAUCACGGGAAAACAAUUUGGAGACAAUGGAAGAACAGCACCAGCGAGCGACCUGAUGUGCAUAUGAAGAUGAUGAGGAAGUACAAGGAGGCGCCGACGUGGUGGUAUAUGUCGCUCUUCGCAGUGAUGCUCGCCCUAGGUUUCUUCACCGUUCUAGGCUGGCAAACCAACCUCACAUGGUGGGCCUUCCUCCUCGCCGUGUUCAUUUCCUUCGCCUUCUCCCUUCCUAUUGGUAUCAUCCAAGCCGUCACCAACAACCAAAUCGGCUUGAACGUCUUGACCGAGUUCGUGUUUGGAUACAUCCAGCCAGGCCGGCCCCUAGCACUCAUGAUCUUCAAAACCUUCGGCUACAUAACCAUGUCCCAAGCCCUCACCUUCGUCGGCGACCUCAAAUUCGGUCACUACAUGAAACUGCCCCCCCGCGUGCUCUUCUCCGCCCAAGUCGUCGCCACCACCUUCUCCUGCGUGAUCCAGAUCCUGGUCCUCAACUACGCCCUCCGCACCAUUCCCGAAGUCUGCACCCCUGCCCAACCUCAACACUUCACCUGCCCCGGCGGGCGCGUCUUUUUUUCCGCAAGCGUCAUCUGGGGCCUCAUCGGUCCCGCUAGGAUGUUCUCCCCGGGACAGAUCUACUCGUCGCUCUUUUUGUUUUUCGUCUUGGGAGCCGUGGUGCCGCUGGUCAUUUGGUUACUCCUCCGCCGCGCGCAAAAGCGGAAUCCGCAGACGAAAACCUGGCUGCGCUACGUCAUCGCGCCGGUCAUCUUCGGCGGCGCGGGGUCGAUUCCGCCCGCUAGCCCGCUGAAUUAUUUGAGUUGGGGCAUCGUGGGGUAUGGGUUCCAGUAUGUGGUAAGAAAGAGACACUUUGGGUGGUGGAGCAGGUUGAAUUUCUUGACGAGCUGCGGGCUCGAUUUGGGAUUGGCGCUGGCGACGUUGGUGGUGUUUUUCGCGUUUACGAUUAAUGAGAUUAGUCCGCCCAGCUGGUGGGGGAAUGAGGUGGUGAAGGGCACGUUGGAUUUUAAGGGGAUGGCGGUUAGGGAGAGGGUGGGGGAGGGAGAGACGUUUGGGCCGAGGGUUUGGGCGCUUGGAGGGGUCUGGGUAAUAUAA